GAGAGUGCUCAGAUGAUCAGAGAAGUGGAAGUGGAUAAAGUGACAGUGCUGGAAAGAAGACAAGCUGAAGCAAUCAAGAAGCUCUGGGAAGACCCAGGAAUUCAAGAGUGCUACAACAGACAAAGGGAGUAUUAGCUCUCAGACUCUGCUAAGUACUAUCUUAUUGACCUUGAUCGUAUUCCUAUGUCCUCAUUUGUGCCAACUCAGCAAGAAUUCUUAGGAGUCCAAGUGCCAACGACAGGGAUUAUUAAGUAUCCUCUUGAUUUAGAAAAUAUUAUAUUUAGGUAUAAUAUAUUUAGGUCAGAUGGUUCAGUAUACAAUUAUGGAAGUAGUUGCUGCAACUUCACUUCCAAGGUCCUUUGUGUUUUUGCAUUCAGUAGUUAGGGUCAAGUGGAAGACAGCAAGGCCUUAUUUAAAACUAUCAUUACUUACCCCUGGUUUCUGAAUUCUUCAUUUAUUUUGGUUUUAAAAAAAGAUCUUCCAGAAGACAAAAUCACGUGUUCUCAUCUAACUAGUUACUUUCCAGAACACACAGGGUUUACCAUUGGAGAAAGCAAACUGCACAACAUUCUAGAAAGCAGUAUCGUGAUAGCUUUUGCUCCGCUAACAUACGACUGA